AUGAAUAUGGAUAUGGACCAUGGAAACAACAACUCCUUCGAACACAACCCUGACGUAGGCGCCACUAUUGAUGCGGCUGAUUGGCCUGAGAGCUACUUCGCACAUGGUCAACAUACCUGUGUCAAUCUCGGCCAUAUUGCGCGGGAGGUUAUUGCGUGGUUCUUUUUUUUGCCCAUUGUCAUAACAGGCGCCAUGCAUAGCAUCACCCGCUCGCGGCUAGCGCUCCUUGUGCAAUUUCUCUUCCUGGUAAUCAACGUCUUUGGCUUGUUACUAGGCGCCAUGUGUGCUGAAGUCGUCAUGGGCUUGCUGUUCACGUACUCGGACCGUAACAAACCCAGUAACACCCGUAGUCUCGACUCUGGCAAUGCGUAUGAAAAUACUGCUUUCUUGCCUGUUGCUGUGUCUGAGCCUGCAGACGAUCAGGAUUCUAGCCGAAUUUACUGUUGGUCCUGUGAUAGUGGGCAGGGCACUGAACCUAUGUGGUCAACAUUGCACAGUCGACAGACGUUUCUCGAGAGUGGUGGCCUUCGACUAUCGCCUUAUGUGGAUGACGACGAUGAAGAUUACGCAGAGAAGAUCGGUGAUGAUCCUAUCGAUGGUUGUCUUGGCCAGUUGCUGCGGUUGGCGCGGGUCGAUAGUUUCUUGUCUGCUCUUGUGCUGGGUUUGAUAUCCCGACGUAUGAUGGGCGCACUGGGUGUGAUUUAUGUUGUGAUUGAGAGGAUGAUAAUGCUGUUUAGGUUUAUUGCUAUUGCCACGGGUGCUGUCACUUAUGGUGGCAUUAUACGCGGAAGCAACGUAUUUAAUGGCCUAGCACAUUUCAUCAAAGGUGGCAUAUUCUUCUGGUAUGGCAUUUUAACCUGCGGCCGGUGGAUGGGCAGUUUCGCCGAUUUUGGCUGGGCGUGGAACAUCAAACCGUCGCGCUCCGUGGUCGGCGAAUGGGCUGCACACGCUCCUUCGGGCGAGUUCACCGAGUCCUUCGUCAUAUUUUUGUAUGGUGUAACUGACGAUUUGGAACAUGUCUCUAUAUCUAUUUUGUUCUUUGGCGGUGGACUUUGUGGCAUGCUCAUUGAAUCACAAGGAGUCCACACCUGGAUCAACACAGGAAUAUACCACAGUCCAACAGUCCUGACGCAACAAUACUCCCCGCAAACCUACGCCCAACCACCAACUCAGCGCAUCUCGCUCAACCCCAUGCCCCUCUUGAUAAUCAUGCUUCUCGGCUUAAUGAUAAUAGUCACAUACCUUGUUCUUUGUGUGCGGCCGCCAGAGAGUUUGCUGCCGUAUCGGCCACCUAGUGAGCUCGUGGCUAGCUUUUGUUUGAUUGCAGGGGGGUUGAUUUUUAUGCUAAGUACAAAAGACAUCAUCGUAGCGAUGGAAUACGUCGAAUUGAACGCUAUAUUCGUCUUCACCAUCGGGAUGGGCUUCAGCGCACUUGUCAUGGCGUAUGAAAUGCUUUGUAUUUCACUCAAGGCGUGGGCUGCACCAAGGACUCCCUUACCAACCCCCUCUACGUCUGCUGCAGCCGUUGAACGGGAACACUCACAGGAGUAGUAUGGGUAUGCUUUUUAGGUAGUGUCCAGUUAAGCUUGAUAGGAAUGACAGAGAGAUCUCAAUGGGGAUGGAAGGGGAUAAGUCUAUUUGGAUGUGAACGUGGUAUAUACGACGGACACGGAAACGAAUACACCUACAUAAUUGACACAAAAUGACGCGUGAAUGUCAUUUGUUUGGCUGUAAAGAUAAAUUAUAAU